CAAUUGCAUCAGGCAAUGGAUAAUAUAUUAACGCCUCAUCCCCUGCCAUGACUUCCGCUUUGCGCCUCUCGCCCCUUCUCUCCUCUCUCUUCCUCCGUUUCUCUACCAAAUUCCCUUCGAUACCAGCAACGCCCAUCUCGCUCCCGACCCCAAUCGAGAGAUUUAAUCGUUUCCGGUCGUUUUCUCGUUCGAUGGCCACCGCGUCGGAACCCAAGGAGUCCCCUUCGAACAACCCAGGCCUCCAAUCGGAGCCGGAAGAGGCCACCAAGGGAUACUUCUUGCAGCAAACCAUGUUUCGAGUUAAAGAUCCAAAAGUUAGUCUUGACUUCUACUCUCGCGUGCUGGGAAUGUCGUUAUUAAAGAGGUUGGAUUUCCCAGAAAUGAAGUUCAGCUUGUACUUUCUGGGUUAUGAGAAUCCUGCAUCAGCCCCAGCUGAUCCGAUUGAACGAACUGUGUGGACAUUUGGUCAGAAGGCUACACUUGAGCUUACACACAACUGGGGCACAGAGAAUGAUGCUGACUUUAAAGGUUAUCAUAAUGGAAAUUCAGAACCUCGUGGCUUUGGGCAUAUAGGCAUCACAGUUGAUGACACAUACAAGGCAUGCGAGCGAUUUGAACGUCUAGGAGUGGAGUUUGUGAAGAAACCUGAUGAUGGAAAAAUGAAAGGUAUUGCCUUCAUUAAAGACCCUGAUGGUUACUGGGUUGAAAUUUUUGACCUAAAAACAAUUGGGAAUGUGGCUGCUGCUGGGUCCUGAGAAAGAGCUUAUGCAAGUAACCUUUACUUUUUAUAAUUCUUGGCAUAGGACGAUAAUUAAUAAUAAAUGAACAGUAUCUUCUGAUGUAAGCAGCAGCAAGUAUCUUGACAUAUGCUAUGAGCUACUGCUACGAUUGGCACAUUUAUAUCCAUAUUGCAAUGUUACAUGUUUGUGGUGCACCAAA